AGCACCUCCACGUCGGGAACACGACUCUGGGCGGGACCUUGUUUCGUUUAUCCAUCCUCCGACAACCCACCGCCAACAUCCCUCCGUACAUGAGAAUGGCAGGACAAAAACCACAGGCCACAACGCAGGGCGCCUCCCCUUCCAGGCCAGCAGAGCCGGCCGCGCCAGUCCCCGAGCCCCUCUCGCCUCAGUUCAGGCCCAUCCACUCGACCACGCCCAUCCCGCCACCAACCAUCCCAACCUUCCACCGCCAGACUUUCACCCACAAGCAGCACCCCCCUCAGGUUGAGUCCGUCCCACAGCCCCCGCCCCCGCCACAGCCUGUCGACUUUAGCGAAAACGUGGACGUAAUCGCCCUGGAGUCGGCCAUCCUGCUCCUCCAGAGGCAGAAGCAGAAGGCCGAGGACGACAUCCGCCAGUUGCAGCGCAUCAAGAACGAGGCAGUCAGGAAACCUGCCGAGUUUGUCCAGGACUUGGCCAGUGGCAAAGUAGGGCAAGGGCCUCAGGUCGUGCAACCCGCAAGUCGCGAUGCCGCUGAUCAUGGCAACUCGUCGUCGUCCUCAGACGACGAGGACGACGAGAGCGAUGCUGAGAUGGAGGGGCAAGACGGCGGGAGCGGGGAAUCCAGCAGCGGCCUCAAGCCUUCACCGAUGAAGGCGCCAGGGAAGGGAAAAGCAGCCGCGGUAGCGCCACAGCCACCAAGGCAGGAACCGCCGCCAUGGACGAACCUGCCCACGCCGCAGGACGUGGUGCGCAUGCCCGCCAUCAACUGGUCAAAGUACGCCGUCGUGGGCGAGUCUCUCGAAAGGCUGCACCGGGAGCAGCUCACAAAACCCACGCUCGGCACGCCGGCCACCCUGGCGGCGGACGGCAAGGCCUACGAGUUCAAGGGCGGGCCGAACCCGGACGACGGCAAGAAGUCCGUCGGGAUCGCCGCGCCGUACGAUCCUUUACAUGAAAAGGUUAAGAAGCCGCGGAAGUGAGGUGAUGAUUUCUGUGCAUGGAUUUGGUGUUUUAUGAGACGCAAGAUACCCAAGUAAUAAUCUCACUCGCUGCCUGGAUAACCUGCUCCCGAGUCCCGAAGAGGGAGCCAUGUGCCAUGUGGUAAUCUGAUUACAGGUCUUGUG